UUCUCAACUGCUGUUUCCCUUCCAGACCCAGCAUGAGUGAAGUUCCCUGCAAAAAACGUGAUGACUACUUGGAGUGGCCUGAGUAUUUCAUGGCCGUGGCCUUCUUAUCGGCGCAGAGAAGCAAAGAUCCAAAUUCGCAGGUCGGAGCCUGCAUCGUGAACGCGGAAAACAAGAUUGUCGGCAUCGGGUAUAACGGAAUGCCAAAUGGGUGCAGCGAUGAUGCGUUACCUUGGAGUCGGACGGCACAGAGUAGGCUGGAUACCAAAUACCCUUACGUGUGCCAUGCCGAGCUGAAUGCCAUCAUGAACAAAAACUCGGCCGACGUGAAGGGCUGCACCAUGUAUGUCGCCUUGUUCCCAUGUAAUGAAUGCGCUAAGCUCAUCAUCCAGGCAGGUAUAAAAGAAGUUAUUUUCAUAUCUGAUAAGUACCAUGACAGCGAUGAGACGAAAGCGGCACGACUCCUGUUUGAGAUGGCCGGGGUGGCCUUCAGGAAAUUCACACCAAAGUGCAGCAAGAUUGUCAUUGACUUUGAUUCAAUUAACAGCAGACCGAGCCAGAAGCUUCAGUGAGUUACAUCUCAUUAAAUCUCCAAAAGAUUGGGAUUAUUCUCUUCUAAGAAGCCGCUGAUGCCUUUCAUCUUGAAGUCACACUUUAUAAUAGCCAGGACAGCCAAAGUAGACCUCUCACGAAUAGAAAGCCUCACAUCUUCCCGAGUCUCUCUGGUCACAUGGAAUCUGCAUCUGUUUAAACUGUUGAUUGAGGGUGUAAAGUACCGAAGCCUGGGGAUGGCGUGUCGCACAGGCAGGCGUGGGGCGCCUCCGCCGCUGGGGCCCGGCUUGCCGGGAGGCUGGGGCUCUUCUGCAUUUCACGGCUCCUCCUCGCUGCUCCAGGUGCUGGAAGGACCAGUAAGUAAUCGCUGUUGUCUUCCUGGCGGGAUGAUCAGACACACCGGUUUGAACAUCUGGCCCCAGUGAAGCAGAACAUGUAGUGCCCUUGGGAAAAAAACCAACGUGGACCCACAUGACGACAGCUGACGCAGAAGACUUGCUUUAGGGAGUUGAAAGCCCCAUCCACCCACCCCAGGCUCCCAGGCAGAUGGCGCGCCUGUCCUGAGAAGUGAUGGGCACACCUGAGCCCGGGAGACUUCCUUCCUGCUGCCCAUAGUGUAGUGGCACAUUCUUCUUGGGGGCGGGACCCACUUUCAGUGCGGUCAUCACACGGAGCUUCUCCAUUGGCUUCUCUGAAUAAGGAGCUGUUCCUGGAGGAGGCAGCCUGUGUUCCCUCUUCGCCCCCAAGACGGUGCCUGCUGGGGCAUCAGGGCGGCGGGGACCGAGGUGGUGCGCGCACCUGCUUCUUCGCUGCUCCACCCGUGCCAACAUGGGUCAUGUCCAAGGCUGCUCCCCAACCAGGGAAGAAAUUCAUUCCUACCCUGGAAGUGAGAUGGGAGGACAUCCAGCCUGCCUCGAGACGGUUUAUUCCAGACCUCCUGGUACCUGGCAGUGCCUCUCUGCUUCCUGGCGCCCCCCCUUCUGCGGCCUGUCCCCCAGGGUCUGCGGCUUGGGAGCGUGGCUGUGUGCCUUGUCUUUUCUCUCCCUUAGUUUUUAUUAACCGGGCACACUAGCUUUGUUGAGAAAAAUGGGUCCUCAAUCCUGAAGAUUAUUACCGUUUUCUAGCACUUAUGUUUCCAUGAGUUUUUAUUUUGUCUCUGAGGUUUCAUACUCUGUGUUCUAAGACAUUUUUGUAACUUGGCUCCUUACCAAUAUUAUUAAAAUCUUAUUGAAAUCCA